AUGCAAGCAUUUAUUGUUUUGAUUCGCAGUCAAUUAUUUUCUUUUAGUUCAAAUUCGAUUAAUCGAGAUGGUGAAAAUGAAGAAAGGAAUCAUUUUCCUUCUUAUCAUUGCUUUUCAUCCUUCACAAAGGCGACAACUCCAGAAAUUAUGGUAGUAACAACAGCCUUUUUCACAUUAACUCAGACAGUAGCAGCAAGAACAGUUUCUUCAACAACAAUGACAGCAUUGUCAACCGAAAAUAAGAAAAAAUCCCCUCCUCAACUGCUUGUCCAACAAAUAGAAAAAGAACAAUCUCUUCUUCAAAAACUCCUGGAACAACAAAACCCUGUGCCUCACCAACUUCAGCUUCAACAGCUACUCGAACAACUACAACAAAACCACUCGCACAUUCAAAAUCGUCUUCAACAGCAAGAGAAACUUCGUCAGCAACUUGGGCAGCACAACUGUGAAAUUAUGCAACAAUUCCUUCAUAACCAGCAGAUUACUCUUCAAAAACUUCAACAACAACAACCAUUUAUGAAUCAACUUCAAGAACAACAAAAAGUUAUUCUUCAGAAACUUCUUCAGCAACAACAGACUGUUCAAACUCUACUGCAGCAACUACCUGAUCAGCAAAUUUUGCAGCAACAACUGAAUUCUCUAAAACAAACAAUGCAGCCAUUGACUGUGCAGCAAGAAGCGUUUGACCUUCAAAAACAAAUGGAACGAAAUCACGAGCAAUCUCGACAUCAAGAUCAAAGUAAUCUUAAAAAUCAAAUUCAGAAGCACGAACAACAUCUUCAACUGCUUCAGCAACUCCGUAAUAUAUCUACAAAAGUUCAACAACAGAGACAACUAUUUCAUCAACAGCUUCAACAUAUAGUGCAACUAGUUCAGCUUUCACUACAGCAACCUAUUUAUCAGCAACUUCAACAACUUCUACAGCUACAACAACAACUUCUUGAACAAUACCAACAACAACAACUACUUAUUCAGCAGCUCCUCCAACAACAACAACAACUUGUGGAUCUUAUGGAGCAGCAAAAACAACUUGUUGUACAAAUGUUUCUAGAACCUCCACAAAUGCAAGCUUUCCUUCAACAACUUCAGCAAGAACAAGUCCAAUUCCAACAACUUAUGCAACAACAACAACAACUUCUCCAACAACUACAGCAGAAGCAACGUUCACUUCAGCAGGAUCUCCAAAAACAGCAGUCUGUGUUUGAAAACCUUUUGAAAAGCAAAAAAAUUCUUCUCCAAAAUUUAAAGCCAUAA